AUGGCACCGAGAUCAUUGGGUGAAGAGCAUCUGGCGAAAGCAGAGAAGAAAGCCUCGUCCUCUGUAGGGUGGUUCGCGAGCUCAAGUUCAAAGUGGGAGGAAGCGGGGGAUCUGUUCCAACAGGCUGCUAAUGCAUUCAAAGUCGAGAAAAGAUGGUCAGAAUCCGGAGCUGCAUUCGAGCGAGAAGCGGCCUGUCGUCAACAUGCCAAUGAAAUGAACGAUGCCAUGAAUGCAUUUCACAAUGCUGCCAAGAGCUACAAGAAGAGCGAACCCGAGGCCGCCGUUACCGCUCUUCACCAAUGUAUCAAGCUCUUAGUACAAGCUGGUAAUUUCCGCCAAGCCGCCGACAGGGAGAAAGAGAUUGCCGGGAUCUACGCUCAGGAUGGUUUGGACGUUGCCAAAGCGCGAGAUUCGUUCGUACGCGCUGGAGACUGGUACAAGCAAGAAGAUGCGAAUGCUACUGCCAAUCAAUGUUAUCAACAGGCCGCAGAGCUCUCUGCUGGACUACAAGACUAUCAGCGAUCCAUGGAACUUUACCAGAUCGUGGCAGAUUGGUCUCUGACCAGUCCGUUGACGAAAUAUUCCGUUAAAGAGUACUGGCUCAGAGCAGCUUUGUGCUCCAUGGCCACAGGUGACCUCGUAACCACCCAGCGUCUAUUCGAUACCUUUGCGAAAAAGGACGUCACGUUCCCAUCCACUCGAGAAGCCAAAUUCGCGCAUGAACUCAUGCAGGCAUGCGAGGAGGGCGAUGUCGAACGAUUCAUGGCUCAAGUGUAUCAAUACGACCAAGUCACAAAGCUGGAUAAUUGGAAAACUGAGAUCUUGUUGAUGAUUAGAAAGGCUCUGGAGCAGGAGGAGGGUGGAUUAACCUAG